GCUUCUAAUACAUACACAUAUGCGCGUUGCGUAUUUGGACGACAACUCGGGUUUGAGGGUAAACUUUAACAGGCGUUGGUGCCGGUCCUCGAGUAUUACCAAAGGUUUCUAAACAACAAGGAGCCUCGAUUGAACUGUGUGCUUUCUUGCCUCUGACUUGCUAGAGCCAGCCUAUCAGCCGAAAACAGCUGUAACUGGUCAACGUCAAAAUGACUACACAGAGCAACCAACCGGAUGUGCUGAUGCAGCUCGACCCGGAAUUCAAGCACGAUUUGCCGCCAGAGCUUUUGCUCUCCAUUGUGCGCGUCCUGCCAGCCAAUGAGAUUGCGUUAACCGGACGCCUCAUCAAUAAGGCUACUGCUGCGCACUUCCGUGGCCCUCAGUUCACCACGGUGCGGCUAUCCUUGCCUUCUCCUCCGCACGCCUUCGCGAAGCGCUGGGGCAGUCCGGGCGCCAUGCGUGGGCUCACGCUUGCGCAACGCCGUCAGCUGCUGUGCCUGACCGCAGCCUCCGGCAGCCUCCCCAACCUCCAAGUGGCAGCAACCCACGCGGGAUGCGCCCUAAACGGCCGUGGGUUUCUAGCAACAAUUCACUCGGGAUGCGUCCAAACAGGCGGAGCGUUCCCAGCAGCGGCUGCUGCUGGGCAGCUGGAGGUAUGUCAGUGGCUGCGGCAGCAGGGCUGCACCUGGGAGAGCCAUCCCUUGGACGCAGCUGCAGAGGCGGGGCAGCGGGCGGCUUGCGAGUGGCUGCUGGCUGCCGGCUGCCCCUGGAGCCACGCAGCUGUGUACUCUGCGGCUCGAGGGGGCCAUGUGGGGCUGAUGGAAUGGCUGCUGCAGCAGCGACCUGAGAGAGCCGAGGUGUGCAAUAUGAGACUGCUGCAGACAGCCUCACGCGGUUGCGACCUGGCGACACUGCAGCGCCUGUACCGUGACUGGCGGGGCGCGCGGCUAGGGCGGCAGUUCAAGUGCGACAUCCUCACAACCGUUGUCGGCAGCCCCGCCCCCGACUGGCAGGACAAGGUGGUUUGGCUGGAGAAGCAGGGCUGUCCCAAGGACCCCUCCGUAUGCGCCGAAGCAGCUACCUGCUCCGAUGCGCUGAGCCGUCUGGCAUGGCUACGGCGGCGGGGCUACCCGGUGGACGAGAUGGCAUUGCACUUGGCGGCAGAACGGGGCGACGUCGCUGUCAUGGACUCCCUGGACUGCUUCAUGAACGAGGGCGACCAGCUCGAAGUGGACAUGAUGACGCUAGGCUACACUGCAUCCAAUGCAGCAAGGCACGGCCACCUGGCUGCCUUGCAGUGGUUCUUCGCCCGCUUUGAUUUGAACCCGUCUAAUGCCCUCGACUCUGCUGCUCAAGGCGGACACCUCGAGCUGGUUUCCUGGCUGCUGGGGCGGGCAGGGGGGAACAUGAGGAGCGCCCUCUUUGCCAGCGCAGCCACGUCGGGCAACCUGGAGCUGCUGAGGUGGCUGCGGCAACGCGGCUGCCCCUGGGAUGCGAGCGCCCUCAGCAGGGCUGCGGAGGCGGGCUGCGAGGAGGCGCUGGAGUGGCUGGUGGAGCAGGGCUGCCGUUGGGGGUCAAAUGGUGACGCCUACAUCCGUGCUGCCCGCAACGGUGACCUGGGUACACUGCGCUGCCUGCGGCGGCUGGGCUGCCCCUGGGGAACACAUAAGACCUUUACCACCUGUGUUGGCGACAAUUGCCCCCUGGAGGCGCUGCGCCUGCUGCUGGAGCUGGGCUGCCCCGUCAACUGGGGGGAGGCACUGAAGAAGGCGAACAGCGUCCGUGACGUCGCAUACAGGGACGGGGUGCUGGCAUUGCAGCACCAGCAGCGAUAGUUUGUUUGUGAGGUGUGUUGGCGCUUGUACAGCACCAACUGUGACCACAGCGCUUCACAAUGGGGGAUGACAUUGUAUGCGAUGGUUAACUGGUUUGUUUUCCGGCUUCGUGCUGCUGUCAUUCUUAUGGGGUAUUAACACAUUCUCGGGAGCGGGGAAAGGCCGAUUGCUUCCUAGCACCAUGAGCAGGUGCGGGAUGGUGGUGUAGCAAGGUGAACAGGACGAGGCCUGACAAACGAAUACCGGUACUGAUGUUGCGUUCAUGUGGUGAUGUGUGUAUAGCAGCUUCUUGACUAGGUGCUUAGGUGAAUCGCGCGGCUCUGAGGCACAAAGCCCUUUGCAAUUGCAGUACGCAACAAUUUCUAACGGACCUCCCGGUGGCAGGCUGAGCAAGCUGUGGCAGACGUACGUCAGGGCAAUGGUUGGCGUCGUAGUGGUGGUUCCGGGCAUGUAAUGGAUGUACGGUUGUUAGACGGCAGCAAACAUACCGUCAGGUGUCUGAUACGGUUAGAUACGCGACACGCAUACAAUGGUG